CAGUUUGUAAUGGGGAGGAGCCUUUGACAGACUGAGUUCAGAUCAGGACAGACUGAAGGACAAACAAGCAGGAAGGAGGUGAACAUUUAAUCGACAACAGGUUCUGUGGAAAAAUAGUGGGGAAAAAUAAACACAUUGGAUAUUGUCUGCUUUAGGAACAAUGUCUCUGUCUCCAGCUGCCUUGGCCGCACGUCGGGUGUUUGCUGCUGCGGCACAUUCGAGCCAUGAGGGUGGAGGUUCGAGGACAUGGAAGAUACUCACCUUCGUGUUGGCCUUGCCUGGUGUUGGGGUCUGCAUUGCAAAUGCCUACAUGAAGAUGCAGGCUCACUCACAUGAGCCACCAGAGUUUGUGCAAUAUUCUCACCUGCGUAUCCGCACCAAGAGAUUUCCCUGGGGAGAUGGAAACCACUCUCUGUUCCACAACUCUCACACCAAUGCUCUGCCUGAUGGUUUUGAGGGCCACGAUCACUAAGACGAUCGGUCACAUCUCUCCGCUGUUUUCCUGUCUGCAGUGUACUCGGCUUGAUUGUACUCACUGAGGGGCCAAGAGGCGGCGCCAACAAACAAAGUGCACCAAGACAUAAAUAAAUACGUGUUCAAUUA